UUACGAUGUUUACAGUACUAAUUUCCCCGCCCGGUCAAGCAUUCACGAAACGCCAACAUAAUAUCAACCUUGUCGAGCUCUUGCUCAAACAAACAACAGUUUACGUCCUUCCACCAACGGUUUCGGUCAUUCAUCGAGCCAAACGUCGCCCCCACGUGCUAUUGAUUCUGUGUCCUCAGCUCCCACACUUGCACAUUACCUGAAUCGUUGAAAGGGUACCGUUGUGUGUGUCCUACAGCUAUGGCCAGAAAGCUGGUGCAGGAUCGGCUUUUCCGCCGCAGGACCAACAAAGUGACUAGGUUCAACAAUGACGUCGCCCCUUCUGUGGAGCGGAAAUCUCACUUUGUGACCGAACUGAACCUCUUCAAGCGGGCAUCCCGCGAGGACUGGAUUCGGGACGGCACAUUCCACGACGCCGUCGGGGGCCUCCUGACAACGGCCCAACUGUUUGCCGUCAUGCCCGUGUGUGACGUUACGGCCAAAGAUCCCCGCAGGUUGCACUUCUCCUGGUUCAGCAAACGGGCUCUCUACACGUACGUGGGGCUAGCUGGGACGGCGUUUGUAGCGGUCAACGCCAUCAUUCGGUUCUUGAUGAAAAAUUUCAACUUUAACCGCCUGACGACGGUGUUCUUCUACUCGUACAAUCUGUACGGGAUGUAUCGCUUUCUGCUGUUGGCUCGAAAGUGGCCAAAGUUGAUGCAGUCGUGGUACGACGCGGAACAGACCUUGCCCCAGAUGGGCAACGUCGUCGAUCGAGGGGCUCUCGCCUGGAAGAUCAAGCUAAUUUCGUUGCUUGUAAUAACAAUGUCUUUGACGGAACAUCUGAUCUCUAUCAUUGCAGCCGUUUAUUACACUUCGGACUGUCCGGAUAUUGGCGAUCCGGUGGAUUUUUUCUUCAAGUCUAAUUUUGUUUUUAUUUUCCACUACUUUGAGUACAGUAAAGUGAGAGGAUUUUUCAUUAAAUACAUCAACGUUUUAUGCACAUUUCUGUGGAGCUACAUUGAUUUAUUUGUGAUUGUGAUCAGUAUUGGACUUUCACAUACGCUAAAGAGAAUCAACGAAUAUUUGAUGAAACAUAAACGAGAGGUGAGUUGAGUUUUUAUUAGAUAUUCGUAACAAAAUUAUUAUUUUUCUUAGAGAAUGAGUGAGCAAUUCUGGGGAGAACAACGUCAAAACUACCGUAACAUCUGUGAUUUGAUACAAAAAGUGGACGAUGUAGUUUCCAUCAUAACCAUGCUAUCCAUUUCAAAUAAUCUAUUCUUUAUUUGUGUUUCAAUAUUGCAAAGUUUGAACUCCCGUCCAACGUUCGUCCACACGGUGUACUUUUGGCUCAGCCUGAUCUUCCUGAUCGGUCGAACGCUGGCCGUGUCGAUGUACGCCGCCGAGGUCAACGACGAGUCCAAGCGGCCCAUCGAGGUGCUGCGGACGAUUCCCCGAGACGGGUGGUGCCUCGAGGCGAAACGCUUCGCCGAGGAGGUGGUCAACGAUACCGUAGCCCUCACCGGAAUGAAGUUUUUCAACAUGACGCGCAAGCUGGUGCUCAAAGUGACCGGCUCGAUCAUAACCUACGAACUGGUGCUGAUACAGUUCCACCAGGACGAACCCGUCGAGGUGGAUUUGUGCAAAAUGAAGAGAUUUUAG